UUAUGGCCCCGAACUUGAAUGUCGCCACCAGACGUCGGUACUGUUCAACUGUCAUCGCGGAUGGAUUCGUAACAAAUUUGAAUAAAUUGGAAAUUCGAAAUAAAUGUUCCAGAAUGUUCUUAAAAUUGUUUAAGUUCAAGCAGUAAGCCCUGCAUUAUUUUUUCUCACAUCUGUCAUCCGGAAGCAGCAGCAGCAGCAGCGGCAAUAUACUAUUAACGUAAUUUUUUCAUUCUGGGCAAUGAAUCGGGACAAGCCAACCUGGAGUGUAACGGAGGAAGAUGGUGAUAACUUGUGUAUUCUCUACAAAGGCAAGCAGUUCGUGAUGCCCCGCUCGGAUUACACUAGAAAGCGAACGCCGGAGGAUCAUAGGCGACCUGGUAUAGCGAGUGGUGCUCCGGAAAAAAUGCGUGCAGUAUAUGCGUCGGACAGUAGUCGGUUGAGACGAGAUACAACUGACCCCGCGGAAACGAAACAAAUCGAAACGAAAAUUUUCAGCAAGCUUAUAGAUGAGUUGAAGGGGUCUCCUGAGCAACCACCAAGGUUUGCCAACAAUAUCAGAAAGUCUGACCUAGCCCCUAGUUACACCCUAGAAGACGACUCGGAUAGCAAGGAGACGGUUGUGGAGAAAAAUCUUCCAAUGGUGAGUUCCUCUGAAUGCGCUAACACUCAGGAACCGAAGCUAAAAAUCGCAUUCCCAUCUGCGGAGAGUGUCAACUCUCGGAAACCCCAAGAAACGCUGUCCGAGCUGAAGGGAACACUGGUUCACCUGAUCGAUAAAACCAUUGAUCAACUGGAAUCGCAGCAAGAUCUAGCGAAGGGAGAAUCGGCGGCUAAUGAUCCGAUCAAUCCUGGCGGGGAUGGUUCGAGGGCCGCCCAUCGGAUGCAGAAUUUUCAACUUCUGAAGACGGAUUCGUUCGCUCAAACUAAACGAGAGGUCAGAUUGAAGUUGUUCACCGAAAUUGAAACGAUCGUGAUCCGACUGAAGGAUAUGGAGAAGCUGAACUAGAUGUUUU